GAUGUGUCAUUUUCUUUCAACCUUUAGUAUUAUUCUCCGACCUGUAUGAUAUUUGAUCAUUAAGCCCGUGCAGAAAAAAUGAAUAAUCAGUCAUAGAUAUUUCGAAUAGGUUUUAUCUUGUAAGGACAGUGAAAUUAGUGAUCAUAAGGGAUGAAAAGGUCUACAGGAUUUCAGUACAUUGACCGUGAUCGGUUACUUUUAGCUAUACGAAUUGCAAAACGAGAUGUUCAAUGUUUGGCCUUCAGUAAUGGUGAAGAUAAUACAUAUAUUCAUGAACCGCCUGAAAAGAUCAACGUCAAUCAUAAUUCAGCUUCAAUUGACUACAAUUCAACCAAUGUUACUAGAAAUUUUCAUGAAACACAAAAACCAAUUUCAGGAAAGUCUAGAAUAUCAGCUUCAAGAAAUGGGUUACAACGAGUAGUAUGUAAGCCUACAGUGCAUGAACAGUAUCAAACAAUGGAAAAUAAAAUGCCAGUACGUAGUGAUUCACCUCCAAUAAGGGAUACAGAUAACUGGACGCCGAAUCGUAGACGUGCUCUUCACGAACCUACAGAAAGGCAACUGAGAAAUUCCCAAGAGUCUAGAAUACGUCAACUACAAGCCAAAAUGUCUCAGUAUUCAGCUGCUUUAGCGGAAAUUCAGGAGAAAUAUUUAAUGGACAAGAUUUCACCCAGAGAAUCCAAAUCAUCUAAUGAAUUAAUGAAGAAAUCAUCCUUGAAACCUACUAGAAAUCGUCCAAAAUCAUCCUCAGUGUCAACUUCACUUAUACGUCCAAAAUUUACAAGUUUACGUCCUCGUUCAAUACACAAAUCUAAUCUACACUAUCCCAACAAAACACAAAAGCCUGUUUCUUCUAGUAGUAUAAAGCAAAUAAAUGAUAAUGAUACAAUGUCUCCAAUUACUAAUUCUAUGAAUUCUGAAAAUCAUUAUAAUUCAAAAAUUGAUUCACUUUGGGAGCAGGCUGCUAAAUCACUUAAUAUAAACAAAUCUGAUGUUGUAAUACUUCAACCAGAUAAAUCAAAACAUCUCACGGACCAAAGUUGUGAGAAAUCGUUACACACAUCUGUCAAUGGCUGUAAUUCACAAAUUUCAUCUAACCAACUUAAUACCGAUACAAUAAAUUCAAAUUUCGAUAAUGAUAAUAUACUCAGACGUGCAAUUGAACAAUUAUUGUUAGAAAUUGAUCAGGCUGAAAUUGAAGAGAAUGCUAUUCGUCGUCGAUGGGCUAACAAAUUAGUCUAUAUUGAUGAUAGAAUGCAUUCUUCAAAUUGUUUUCAUUCCAUUGCAAAAACUGAUCCAGUAUGCAUAAAUCAUAACUCAAAUCUAAUUUCUACAUCGUGUGGUGAAUUUCAAUCAGAAAUGAAGUACAAACCAUUCUUAUGUCCUGAUCCUCCAGCUGAUCCUAUUACCUCACCUCUUCCACAGAAUAAAGUUGAUGCAAAGGUGGAAUCCAUUUGUAAACCAGAAAAUAAUCAAUCAACUUCUCUUCACAUUUUCAUUCACUUAUAUUACCAGUUAAAUUACACCGUCAAUUGUUACAAUCAAAGAUAAAAAGAGAUGUACAAGCUAGGAAUAUGUGGUUUAUCUAGAUCCUUCUACAAAUUUUAAUAAUUUACCAGAUGUUCCUGUUGCUUAUGUUUGUGAAGACCUCACUAAUGAUAUAAUUCAUGAGAUUAUUGAUGGAUUUUAUCAGACUAUUGAUCGUACAGCUUCCGAAUUAGUUGAUGAAUUGAUCAAAGCAGAACUUCUUCCAGAAGCACCGGAUACCAGUUUAUCAUUUGAUAGAUAUGAGGAUGAUCUACACUGUUUAUCUACACCUGCUCUUUUUCGUCAAUCAGAUUUAAUAGUUCGUGAAUUUGAUGCUCCUAUAAUAUCUAAGAACUGUGAUAAAGAACAGAUCACUUCAAAUACUACAUCUAUGCUUGAGAAUGAUUCCAACAUACCCAAUGAACAGUCAACAAAUGAAUCAUCAAACUGUCAUAAGGAUAAUGACAGUCAAGAAAGCAGUGAUAAGUAUACCUCAGAAUUUGAAAAUGAUACUGUCUCUUAACUGUAUAACCUUCUAACAUUAUAUACCCAGUAAAAGAACAAAUUUUUCAAGGAUUCUACUUCUUUCCCUUAUUAUUAGGUAAUGUUAUGCAAAAUUUCUUUACGGUGAUGUAUUUGUUGAAAUAAAGAUAACCUGAUUAA